AGCGGGUUUGCAUAUUGUACGCUUGUGUGCUCAUGUGACUUCCCCUUAGCUUUUGGUUUAGUGGCAGGGGAGUGCACCUCUGCAUCAUCUUUUUUUAUCUGACUCAACACGGACAAAGACACAUUCUCUGUUUUUGGCGUGAUCAGUGGAGCAGCAGAGGAGACAUGCUGAGGCGAAGGCCUUCAAACGCCUCCGAGAAGGAGCAGGUGCAGAAGAAGAAGCUCACCCUGCAGAGGUCCAGCAGCUUCAAGGACUUCAUGAAGCCCAAGGUGACUUCACCUGUCAGCUCAGAGAAGGACCUGGUCCUGGAUGAGACUGUGGAGGAUGGAGGUAUACCAGAUGGAAGCAAAAGCGGCACCAAACUGGGCAAGAAGUGGCGCAACGUCAUCUCCCGCACAAUGACACGCAAAACCUCCAAGAUGGUGCAGAAGGUUUUGGCAGAGGAAGGGCCUUUCCAGGGGGAAAGCAGUGAGGAAAUGUCCCCCGUCUCCCCGAGCUGGCCCCCAGCAGGCGUGAAUCCAGGCCAGAGGACGUCCAUGUGCUCCACAGGAUCAGAGGACACAGUCUCCAGUCCGGUCAUCUGCCCUUUUUCCAGCAACAGUGACAGGCAAAGCCUGGACAGCGGUUACUGCCAGAGGGACAGCAUGAGACUGGAGGACAACGCGUACAAUGGACCCUUCUGUGGACGAGCUCUGGUGCACACUGACUUCACACCCAGUCCUUAUGAUGUGGACUCCCUGAAACUUCAAAAAGGUGACAUCAUUCACAUCAUCGAGAAACCUCCUGUGGGCACCUGGACAGGGAAACUCAACAACAAGGUGGGCUCUUUUAAGUUCAUCUACAUCAACCUUCUGCCCGACGAGAGUCCCCCCGUCAGACGCAGGCGUUGUGACAAGACCAGCACAUCCAAAUCUAAACCAGCAACCCUGGAGGAAGUGCUGGACAGCAUUGGUCUUGCAGAGCUGACUUCCUUGCUGUCCAUGCAUGGCUUCCAGAACCUGGAAGACUUUACUGGCCUGCAAGAAUCUCACCUCAAUGAGCUGAACAUCACAGACCCAGAUCAACGCGCUAAGAUCCUGAGUGCCACCGACUUGCUCAGAGAAUACGAGGAAGAACAAGAAAGAGAGGAAAAAGAGGAGGACGAGGACAGUUCCAUGGUGGACACCCAGGAGCCAAGGGACUCUGGAUGUUUCGAGAGUUCUGAGCACCUGGAGGAAACAAAACCAGAGGAGGAGCUCCAGGAUGAAGAGACAGAGACCAAUAAGGAGACAGGAGAGGAGCUCCAGGAUGAAAAGACAGAGACCAAUAAGGAGACAGGAGAGGAGCUCCAGGAUGAGAAGGCAGAGAACAACGAGGAUGCACUGGAUGAUCUCCAGCAACAUCUGCAAGAACUUAGUGUGCAUGAUGGUUGUUAAAGUGUCCAGGCUAAAUCAUUCAAAUGUUCUUGUGAACCUUUCUGCUCCAUGCGGUCAUGUAACUAUUGCAGACAUUGAACAGUUGAAUGCUGUUUGCCAUGAAACUAUAAACUUGCUACAGAUGGACGGAUGGAUGAACGGACGUCUGGAAUAUCGUAUAUUCAGUGAUGUGAAAAUGUAUGUAUUGGCUCCGUUCCUAAUUUCUUCAAGGGCCACCCUUAGCAGCAACAACUGCAAUCGAGCGCUUGAGCGAUAACUUGCAAUGAGUAUCUCUUCUCAGCGCCGUGGAAUGAUUUUGUCCCACUCAUCUUUGUGGAAUUGUUGUCAUUCAGCCACAUUGGAGGCUUUUCCAGCAUGAAGCAUCUUUUUAAGGUCAUGCCACAGCAUCACAAUAGGGUUCAGGCCAGGACUUUGACGAGACCCCUCCAAAGUCUUUGGUUUUUCAUUCAGAGGUGGACCUGCUGGUGUGUGUUGGAUCACUGUCCUGCUGCCGAACCCAAGUUGGUUUCAGUUUGAGCUCAUGAACUGAUGGCCUGACAUUCUCCUUCAGGGUUGUUUUUUUUUUUUUUUUUGGUAGACGGCAGAAUUCAUGGUUCCAUUGAUCACAGCAAGCCUUCUAGGACUGAAGCAGCAAAACAGCCCUAGACCACCACACUACCACCACCACAUUUGACUUUUGGUAUGAUGAUGAUUCUGAAAUGCGGCAUAACUUUCAUGCCAGAUGUAAUGGCACAUGCGUACACUUUCCAAAAAGUUUAACUUUUGUCUUGUCAGACCAGAGAGUAUUUGCCCAAAGGUCUUGGAGAUCAUGUUUUCUGGCAAAAUUGACAACAAUUUUGUUCAGCGCGGUUUUGGUCUUGCAAAUUGUGUCUUUCUAAGGAUGGUGCCAUGAACACUGACCUUAACUGAGGCAAGCGAGGCCUCAGGAGGUCAUUACUCAUGGUGUCAUCAUCUGAAGAAUGCUAAACCCAUCACACAGCAACUUAACACUCAAAAGGUAGCUAAGAAAUAUACAAGUACAAAUAAAAAUAACUGCUAUUUUAAGUCCUUCCCAUAAUGUAUUUCAAAACGGAUUCAUUCAGUUGCGUCUGUCCCAAGGCUCCCCGGGUUCCCUCUGGUGGACAAAGACAGCUGAAUGAAAUACGGUUGAUUUAGAUUUUUUUCCUCACUCAAUAAAAGUUUCAUUUAAAAACUGCAUUUUAUAUUUAGUUGUGUUGUCAUUGACAAAUAUGCACGUUUGUACUUUGAAGAUAUAUUUCUAAAUUGCAUCAAAUAUCUUAUACAAACUUACUUAUUAUAUACUUAUUAUAUACUUAUUUUGGUUUGUGUCUUUCAGCUUUUUCCCUGAUUACGGUUGUUUUUGAUGAACCCAAAUCUAAAAAUAAAAAGAUCUUAUUUAUGAAGGUGCACGUAUUUAAUAUGGUGCAUUAAUAAUGAAUUCAAUAUAUUAUCGUAAAUAUACUUACAGUAAUAAAUUGAUACAAAGUUAAAUGGAUUUUAAGUUUUAGAAAAAAAAUGAUGAAUGCGUUGGCUAGAAAGCAUGACUAGUAAGACAAUAUGGUUUAUUUACCAGACAUAUUGAUCAUGUAAAAAGAAGUGUAGAGUAACUGGAAGGAAACACGUAGUAGAAUCACAGUGUUAAUACCCAACAAAGUGAACAUAAAUACCGUAAAUGGAAUACUAAUGUAUCUGUAUACAUCAUGUCAUAUAGAUAUAGAUAUACAUAUACAUAUACAGUAUAUCAGAGCAUUCAGAUCUGAUCAUGACAUUUUUAUCACAUCAAAUAAAAAUCAUACUGUUAGAAAUUGUCACCUCAUUCAGAGGUUCACAUACAUUCAGCCUUUUAUACGAUCUUUCUUUUGCUUUAUUCUUUAAAUAUGGUGGAAUAAAACAAGGGUUCUUUAAGAGGGUCCGGUAUCAGUCCAGCUGCCAAAAUCCCCACUUUCCUUCAGCACGAAUUGUUUGGCUGUGUUGAGAAUAACCAACAACGCUAAUAGAUAAUAGGCUGGGCCGGAUAAUUCAUCCUACACAUGUAUAAUCCACUAACACUUGUUCUUUCCUGCAUACAAACACAAACAGCGCACAAUCACAAUCUAACACAAAAAAUAAGCUUUAUCGCAUUUGUCCUUAUGCGACUACAACGUUCAAUCUCUCCAUGUUUACUUCUUGCAGUCAAGAUUGAUGAUUUGGGUUGGAGGUCAACCUCGCUGCUUUUGCCUGCUU